AUGCUGCCUCUCACCGGUCGCGCCAUCCCAGGCGCCAUCCCAAGCGCUCUUCAUGUGCGACCGCGUAUCCCAUCUUGCCAUUUCCGAAUUCAGCCAGUUUCGUUCCUUUCGACCUCUUCAAUUAAGUCGGCAACAGCAAUCGAACAGCGGGGACAGUCUGGCCAAGCGCUCACUGCUUCUGGAAAGGUGCGGAAAGAGGUGCCCUUACCGAGCCAGGAGAAAAAGGAGGGUGCUAUGCAAUAUGUCCUUACCACGCUUGACCAAGUCGCUAAUUGGGCCCGCCAAAGUUCUUUGUGGCCCAUGACCUUUGGUCUCGCCUGCUGUGCAGUUGAGAUGAUGCAUCUUUCGACCCCCAGAUAUGAUCAGGAUCGUCUUGGAAUCAUUUUCAGAGCAUCACCUCGGCAAUCGGAUGUGAUGAUCGUGGCAGGCACAUUGACAAAUAAGAUGGCUCCCGCUCUCAGACAGGUGUACGACCAAAUGCCUGACCCUCGUUGGGUCGUCAGUAUGGGAAGUUGUGCAAAUGGUGGUGGUUAUUACCAUUACAGUUAUUCUGUUGUUCGCGGAUGCGAUAGAAUCGUACCCGUGGAUGUCUACGUUCCCGGAUGUCCGCCCACCUCCGAAGCAUUGAUGUACGGAAUCUUUCAACUUCAAAAGAAGAUGCGGCACACAAGGAUCACCCGCAUGUGGUACCGCCGUUAA